UAGACGCUCCAUGGAGUGUGUGAACGGGACUGUGGUGAAGGAGUUUGUCUUCCUCGGCUUCUCGACUCUGGCUGAGCUGCAGCUGCUGCUGUUCAUUGUCUUCCUGCUCCUCUAUGUGUUCACCCUCGGCACCAACGCCGUGAUUAUCUCCACCAUCGUGCUCGACAGAGCCCUUCACACCCCCAUGUACUUCUUCCUCUCUGUCCUCUCCUGUUCGGAGACCUGCUACACCUUUGUCAUUGUGCCCAAGAUGCUGGUCGACUUGCUGGCUCGGAAGAAGAGCAUCUCGUUCCUCGGCUGUGCCAUCCAAAUGUUCGCCUUCCUCUUCCUUGGCUGUUCCCACUCCUUCCUGCUGGCAGCCAUGGGUUAUGAUCGCUACGUGGCCAUUUGCCACCCUCUACGCUACACGGUGCUCAUGGGGCACAGGGUGUGUGUGGGGCUGGUAGCCGCCGCCUGUGUCUGCGGCUUCACUGUGGCACAGAUUAUCACAGCCUUGGUGUUUCACCUGCCCUUCCAGGCUUCCAGCCAACUCCAUCACUUUUUCUGUGACAUCGCCCCUGUUCUCAAGUCGGCAUGUCACCACGCCCACUUUACGCAGAUUACCAUCUUCCUGCUCUGCGCGUUGGUCCUGGUCAUCCCUCUGUUGUUGAUCUGGGCAUCAUACAUUCACAUCAUUUCUGCCAUCCUCCAGUUCCCCUCCACAUUAGGGAGGUACAAAGCGUUUUCCACCUGCGCGUCUCACCUCAUUGUUGUCGUAGUCCACUACGGAUGUGCCUCUUUUAUCUACCUAAGGCCCAAGUCCAACUACUCUUCAAGCCAGGAUGCUCUGAUAUCGGUGUCCUACACUAUCCUGACGCCAUUGUUCAACCCAGUUAUCUACAGCUUAAGAAACAAAGAGUUCAAAUCAGCUCUUCAUAGAGUUAUAGGAAGAACAGUCACCUUGAGACAAUGCUAAUCUAUGCCCUGCCUUUUUCCAAAUAACUAAGAAUAAAGGACACGGAGGGAGAUUCUCAAGAUGGAAAUAACUGAGCAUCAUGUUCAGAAAUAGAGACUAGUUUUCCCUCACUUCCAAUAUAAGAUUCAGAACCACACAAUGUCUUGCCUUGAUGACAUGAAUUAUUGUCCAGUAAAGAAUAUUACAGGAACCUAUUUCUGUUCUAGGGAGCCAGUGUUGAGGCUAAUCUUGACUGUCAAUGCAAAUAGCAUCUAGAAUCAGCUAAGACACACAUGUCUGGGCAGAUGUGUGAAAGCAUUUCCAGAAGGGAUUAGCUGAGGGGAGGUCAUCCCUCAGAGAGAACAGAACCUUUCCACAUGUAGCCCAGACGUAAAGAGGUCUGAGGAAAGGGUGUCGUCUGCCGGCCUGCUUUCCCAUAUUGCAUCUAUGUCUGUUAUUUUUGUUGAGGCUGCUGCUGCCACCACCCUGGGAUGGCUGCUUUAGAAUCCCGACAUGGACAAGGAGAGAGGACAUGGACAAGGGACAAGGACAGAAGACACGGGCAGAGGACAAGUGGGCCUCCAGGGACCCUCCAGGCCUUUAGUACAAACUUUUCGACUGCUGAGAAGUCAGCCUCAUGGAAUGAGCAUCCAUAUGCUCUCAGCCUCUGCAGCAUGCACAUAGCUAUUAUUGGACUGCACAGCCAGUCUCUAUGUACAGACCGUUCUACUGGCUCUAUCCCCUGGGGAGCCUUGUCUAAUGUGCCUGGAAAACACUUUUUUCCAGGUUGUGCUCUUUUGAAAUAAUUGCUGAGUUGUGUUAUUUUGAUAUAAUUGUUACAAUUUUAAUGAAAUAAUUGGACAACUACCAGUCAAAGCCUGUCACAUAUGUUAUAAACAAUUGAUGCUCUCAUGAGAAAGUCACAAAACAACUAUUUGGUGUUUCUUUACGUUUUUAAUUCACUGUGUGCUGAUAACAUCCGUGUAUCUAAUGAAUAAGACUUUCUUUUUCAAUUUCUAUGCACGGGGAACAAAUCAAAGUUUAAAACCUAUUUUUCUCAGCAUUUGCCAGGUGGAGAACUGUACAAGGAAUCUCCAGUGUCUGUUCUUCACGUGACUCUGAACCAUGUGUUUAGACCAGAACCACAGAGGGAUGCUUUGUUUUUCUCUUUAUUAGAGACAGGAGCCAAACAGAACUCUGCAACACAGAUGUCUGUCAUGUUUCCUUCCAUGCUCU